UAAUCGAAUAUAAAUAAGUAAAAAAGGAAGAUUAAGCCGUAAAAAAAAUUCAACGCGAAAGAACUGAAGACGAGCAGGUGUUGGUCUAGCCAGGGUUUUUUUUUUGAAAUGUGUCCGAAGGCUGCCAAUGCAGAAAAGAGUUCAAUGCGGAAAACUAAUAAUAUGUUAUUUAUUUCCAGCCUUUGGAGUAUUAUUUGUAUUCCUUAUUUAUGUAAAUAAGAUUACAAUGAUUAUUGGUUAGAAUGCAACCCGUUUGUUAUUGGGUGAACAAAAAGAAAUAAAUAAAAGUUAAAAUAAAUGGGUAGAAAUGACUUAGUAAAGUGUUAGUGAAUAUAAAAGUUAAAAAUAUAACCGUAAAAUGCAUUUGACAAUGACCUCAAAAACCAUAAGUCAGCGGCAACUCUGUAUAUACAUAUUGUAGCAAUGUAAAUGUGAUUACUGCAUUAUGCUGUAUCGUUACCUUAUUUUGAUGUUACUUGAAAAAGCAAUCCUGUUGUAUUUUUGAAUUUGUAUCAUACCUCAUUUUAAUGUUACUCGAAUAAGCAACCCUGAUGUAAUUUUUAAAACUUGUAACUGGCGACAUGAAAGCGAGAAAAAAUAAAGAAGAGCCAGUUCGGACGCAACCACGAAACGAAACUUCCUACAAAAUCUCAGAAGUGGGAUUCGGGCACAGUAGCAAAGUACAGUUUUAACAAAAUUUUUGAAAAAUUUUUUUAUAAAAAUGGAGUGCGUCGACACAAACAUAUAUACGGCGGCCCAGUUGCGUGAGUGGUUGAAGCGGUUGGAGCUCCCGACUCAUGGCAACAAAAGUGACAUGGCAAUAAGGUUGGGUGAUGUGCCUGCWAUUGAGCGUGGCGAUUGUCCUAGUUUCGCUGGCGAGGAGGUUGAAUUGGUGGGCAUUGAUGAAACACCUUUGGAGGAGGCAGCGGAACGUGAUUUAAAGACGCAGAAUGAGCUCCUGACCAAAGAAGUCGAGCAGUUGAAGCUAACGAUCGUGCAACUUAAAUCAAGCAAUGUAGUAGGCGGCGCCACUGAUGUGACAGAAAAAGACGAUUCAUCGAAUAGCAGAGCUUCGAGUACUUUAAAUAACGGCGCAACGAAUGUCAGCGCGACAUACAACAAACAAACAAACUACAACAUGCAACAAAUAAUAGCGGCGGCGCUUCGAACGACAGCGGCGCAUUGAACAACGGCAGCGCUUUCAACGAUAACAGCACUUUAAACGACAAUGACGCUUUGAACAGCAACGGCGCUGUAGGUACAGUAACAAACGAAYGUAAUAAAGAUAGCGCUACGGUAAGGAAUGUCGUUGCUAUACCUUUGGAGAUGUUAAAAGAUCUGUUACCAGAAUACGAAGGUGGGUCGAAUUUUAACGUUUGGAUUCAACAAUUARGAAGUGCUGGGAAAGUUUUUAAUCUCGAUAAUGGCGCCCUGUAAUGAUAAGCAAACUAAAAGGUAGUGCAAGAGUGUGGCUGCAUCGAGGCCUCUGUUUAUCACAGAAAAUAUAGACAGCCUUGUUGCAGAAAUGCAAGCGGUGUAAGGCUUCCAAAAGUACUACAAUGAAAAGGUUUCACUGUCAGGUCCCUUGAAUAUGGAUGAAUGCGAGUUGAUUCGACCAUAUUGUCGAAGGUAUGCCGGACGAGCAGUUACGGACUCAGGCAUAUAUCCAAUGCUACACUAAAAGAGUGCAGCUUCUGCAGGCGUUCGGGAGAGUUGAAUUGAAACAUUACUCGAUGCAGAUGCCUCGCACUAGCGUCAGAUGUUUCAACUGCAACUCAUUUGGACACAUGGCCGUGCCAUGUCGGAAACCGAAGCGAGAGGUUGGGGCGUGUUAUGGGUGUGGCAGCAUGGAGCGUAAAGUCGCUACGUGUCCAACGAGGAUUCAAAACAACCGUGCAGAUGAGAGCCCAUACAAUGCCUCAUAGACUCAGGGAGUCCAAUAAGUUUUGCAAAACGAUCAUCCUUACCAGAUAAUAUUGAAUUUAAUGAUAAUUUUUCAGUUUGURUUCCAUAUUUUGGGUUAAAUAAAAGUAAAUUAGAAAUGUUCGGUGAAUUUAAUUGUAAUGUUUGUUUUGAAAAUAAAUUUAUCAAUAUAAAUUUGAUCGUAGUGGUAAAUGAGACUAUGGGGUAUGACGUAGUUUUUGGUAGAGACUUUUUCAAACCAAGUAAUUUAAUUUUGAUAAGCAAGGAUGAGAUCAAAAAG